AUGUUCAAUAAAGUAUGGAAUGAAGAAAAAGUCACAGACUCUUGGAAACGGGGAAUCAUAAUCAAAUUACCCAAAAAGAGCAACCUUAAUGUUUGUGAGAACUGGAGAGGCAUUAACCUUUUAUCAGUACCAGGAAAAAUCUUCUGCAGAGUCUUACUACAAAGAAGGAGGAAAGGAAUUGAUAGAAUACUUCGUGAAGAACAAGCUGGCUUCAGAGCCAACAGGUCAUGUAACGACCAAAUAUUUGUCUUGCGCACUAUAGUGGAACAGUCCCUGGAGUGGAAUUCGUCUCUCUACAUCAACUACAUAGAUUUCCAGAAAGCAUUCGAUAGCAUUCACUACCCAUCACUAUGGAAAAUACUAGAGCUAUAUGGCUUUCCAGGAAAAUUCAUAAACAUACUUAAGGACAUGUACUAUGACACAAUGUUGUGUGCGACAUGA